GCUGCUGUGCCGCCACCUCCCCGCGCGACGCCCCUCCACCUCGACCGACCCCGCCGCGAGCACGCCGGAGGCGGCGCCGAUGGGUCGAGCUCCGUCGCGGCGGGGGGCGACCGGAAGGGCAAGGGGACGCUGCCGCCCAAGGUCAUUCCUUCUCCUCCGAGCUCCGCGGGCAGCAGCAGCUCCUCCACCCGCUCCCUCGACUACGCCGCCGCAUUGAGAGGCGGGGCCCUCGGAGGCGGGGAGUCGAGCUCCGCGGAAGGCGGCAGCAAGGCACGGGUGACCAGGAGCGACCCCGGCGCGGCGGAGACGAGGGGGGUGCCCGACGCGGCGGCGCAUCCGUUCGACCCCAAGCUGGUGUCCAGGCAGCGGCUGGCAGCCGUCGACAAGGAGAACAGGCGAUGGGAACAUCAGUUCAACUCGUUGCGCGCGGAAGAGGCGAUGCAGAGGAAGGAGCAGUCUCUUGAUCAAUCAUACAGGCAGUGGUUCGAUUCAGAGAAAAAAAGAGGCUACUCCAAUGGAUCGAGCUCCUCCGCGACAGGGGUCAACCGGAAGGGAAAGGGGAUGCUGCCCCUCAAGGCCAUUCCUUCUCCUCCGAGCUCCGCAGGAAGCAGUAGCUCCUCCACCCACUCCCUCGACUACACCGCCGCAUUGAGAGCUGGGGCCUUCGGAGGCUGGGAGUUGAGCUCCGCGGCGGGCGGCAGCAAGGCCCGGGUGACGUGGGGCGACCCCUUGGCGGUGGAGAUGAGGGAGGUGACCAACGCGGCGGCGCAUCCGUUCGACCCCAAGAUGGUGUCCAGGCAGCGGUGGCUGGUGAAAGAGCAGGCGGCCGUCGACAAGGAGAAGAGCCGACGAGAACAGCAGUUCAACUCAUUGCGCGCGGAAGAGGCAAUGCAUAGGAAGGAGCAGUGGUUCGAUUCACCGAAAAAUGGAGCUCGUUCCAAUGAGGUUCCAGUAAAGUGGUCUUAUAAUAAUGAUGAUGAAAUUCCGUACCCUUUAUACGCUGAAUUUUGUGGAGAUUAUUCCUCCUCGUCCCCAAGAAGAGAGUGGAGCGAUGUAAGAAUUGUCAGGAGACUCCGAGGGUUGCGUUGGCAAGAGAGGGUCGCUGCUCGUACUCACUUCAGAGAGCUACGUGAUAGUUGGGUAGCUGCUAGACGCAAGCCUAGUUCUUUAUUCAUGUCAGCAAUGGACCAAGUUAGGGACGGGAAGGCUAAGGAGUACAGCGGCGGUUGCGCAAUUCCCGGAUAUCUUACAUGUCCGUUGUCUGGGGAGCUCAUGAUAGAUCCCGUGACAAUUGCUACAGGGAAGACAUUCGAGCGACACUUCCUGAAGGGCUGGUUCGAGAAGAAGGGACACAUUUGUCCUCUGACCAAUGAGACCGUGUCAAGCACCAUCAUCUGGAAUGACCGCAUCCGAGGAUACUUAGAGGAGUGGAAUGAAGUGAUGGAAGAAGAGUAGUGCUGAUAUGUGUGUUUGUCGAAUUACAUUUACAGUGCUGCUACUUUUCUCCUAGUUGGAAAAGAUUAAAAAAUCAUUAGUACAAUUCUGCUUGUGACUUGCUAAGUAAUUUCAGAAUCAUCAUUGGAGUAGAUGUUUGCU